UUUUUUUUUUAAUUUUUAAAAUGUAUCAUUUUUUUUCUCGAUUUGGUUCUUGUUUUUAUUUGUAUAUUGUGCAUGCCCAUUUGGCUAUUUGAUUGGAAUACUGGAGCCAUGUGUUGAGUCUUUUGUAUUCUUAGAAGCCAGGGUUGUAUUGAUUCCUUCUUUACACUCUGUUUGGAUGGUUGUUACGCAUGCUUUCAUAAUGUAUCUUCUUAUACUGCAUUGUGUUGUAUUGUAUCGUACUGUAUUGUUUUGAUGAAUACAAAUUUGGAUAGAUCGUAUCGUUUUUUGUUGUUACAUAACGUCAUACGUCAUCAAUUUGGAGGAUAAAUCUCCAAGAAAAGUAGGAUAAAGGUAACCACACGAUCACAUCAAAUCAGUCAUUACAUAAAAUGGGAUCUUUCGUUGUUACAUAGUGAUUGAUCUAACGAUAUGAUACGGUACGAUACAAUAAAAUUUGAGUAACAGUCAAAAAAACUAUUGUAUUUAAGCUAACAAUACAAUAGGUAAUGACCAUCCAAACAAGCUCUUAGUGUAUUGUGGUUGUAGCUUCACACUUGCUUUAUCCUUAUGAUUUUGUGUUCACAGACAAACAAUGAUUCUGUUACCGACAGUAAUUUUGGUGGUGGUAGCUCUCUGCUGCAGUUUGCGGUCAAAGAAUUCCAAAAAUUGCUCUCUGACAAAUGGAUUCCUUGUGUAGACGAUAUAUCUUAUGAUUUUGUUCGUCAACUUGCCGUAGAAAGAAAAUGUUGUCUGCAGCUCCAGGGUGAAGCUGGUCGGGUUCUCACAGACAAUGAUUCUAAGCAGUUGCCAUUACUUCAAAAGCUCUUGGAUAGUGAUAUGUUAGAUCUUCCGUCAAUGGUUGCCCGUGUUUUGCCUAGCAAUCUGCAGCAGUCAGCAACCAAAGAAUACAAACAAAUGCACUCUGACAAUCUUCAAUCACUGGUUUCUUUUCUUGAGUCUACUGAAAGCAAUAUGCAGCUGUUGGGGAUUAAACAACUAGGACAACUGUUCUCCGAAGAUAUGAAUAAGACUGCUCCAGCUAAUUUUAUUCAACUUGCAUAUCACUUACGUGCAAAUUUUUAUUCACAAAUUUUGUAAUUGAAGUAAAAGAUGUUUUAGAAUCUUUUGAUGUUGUUCCUCUACCUGAAAAUAUUAUACAAACAGCGGAUUCACAAGAGCUCCAGGUAGAGAGUGAUGUAUUGAUUACUUAUUCUUGUCUUAUGCUUGUAGCUUCACACUUCCUUUAUCA